CCAAAUUCUUCAUCCAGCAGAAAUCGCCAAACAAAAUGCAGAGGCCACUACCUAUGCAACCAACUGUGGUGCUCCUGCGAGAGGGCACUGACACCUCGCAAGGCAAACCCCAGUUACUGUCGAAUAUUUCAGCAUGCCUUGCCAUCGCAGAUACCCUGUCAUCAACGUUGGGUCCACGCGGAAUGGACAAGCUCAUCGUCAAUGAUCGUGGCGAAGCACAGAUCACCAACGACGGUGCUACUAUUAUGAAGUUGCUUGACAUUGUUCACCCUGCAGCGCGGACUUUGGUCGAUAUUGCACGUGCUCAAGAUGCGGAAGUAGGAGAUGGCACUACGAGUGUCGUUCUACUGGCUGCUCAGUUGUUGAAAGAAGUACGAGGCUUCGUUGAGGAAGGCGUUAGCCCACAUAUUAUUACCAAGGGCUUCCGUAAAGCGGCGCAAAUGGCAAUCGAACGUAUAAAAGAAAUUCAAGUCACGGUUGACAAGUCGGAUCCAGAAAAAUUCCGAUCAUUGCUUCUCAAAUGCGCCUCAACAUCAAUGUCAUCAAAAUUGAUCCAUUCCGAGAAACCUUUCUUCUCAAACAUGGUUGUCGAUGCUGUACAAUGCCUUGACGAAAAUGACUUGGAUGAGUCCCUUAUUGGGAUCAAAAAAAUUCCCGGCGGGGGCAUGCAGGACUCAUUGCUAAUUCGCGGAGUGUCUUUCAAGAAGACCUUUACGUAUGCUGGUGCUGAGCAGCAACCCAAAUCUUUCAAAAACCCUGUGGUCCUGUGUCUAAAUGUAGAGCUCGAACUCAAGGCUGAGAAAGAUAACGCGGAGGUACGCGUUGAGCAAGUUUCGGAGUACCAGGCGAUCGUGGAUGCAGAAUGGGAAAUCAUAUACCGUAAACUCGGGGCUAUUGAGAAAACCGGUGCAAAUGUUGUCCUCAGCAAACUUCCAAUCGGUGAUCUCGCGACACAAUGGUUCGCGGAUCGUGACAUCUUCUGUGCAGGUCGCGUUCCCGCUACUGACCUCCGUCGAGUCGUUCAAGCUGUAGGAGGUUCGGUACAGUCAACAUGUUCAGGCAUCACUCGCGAACACCUUGGUACCUGUGGUCGCUUUGAGGAGCGACAGGUUGGAGGAGAGAGAUACAACAUCUUCGAAGAAUGCCCGAAGGCAAAGACGUGCACGUUAUUGCUUAGAGGCGGCGCGGAACAAUUCAUCGAAGAGGUCGAACGGAGUUUACACGAUGCAAUAAUGGUUGUUAAACGCGCUAUGCGCAACGGGGAAGUUGUCGCAGGAGGUGGUGCAGUUGAGAUGGAUGUAUCAGCGUACAUUCGAAAAUACGCUCUGACCAUUCCCGGAAAGAUGCAACUUAUCAUGACAGCCUUCGCUCACGCUCUCGAAAUCAUCCCUCGCCAGAUUUCCGACAAUGCCGGUCUCGACUCAACGGACGUACUCAAUAAGCUCCGUAUGAGGCAUGCAAAGGGUGAGCUUUGGGCCGGCGUCGAUGUCGAUGGCCUCGAUGGCGUACGGAACAACAUGGAAGCAUUCGUUUGGGAACCAAGUCUUGUAAAGGUGAACGAAAUCAGCAGCGCGACGGAAGCUGCCUGCUUGGUGCUUAGCGUGGACGAGACUGUCCGCAACCCACAGAGCGAAGCGCCGAAUCCUGGACCAAAAGCGCCGGCAGGCACUGCUGCACGCGCAUUACGAGGCCGCGGACGUGGUAUGCCCAGGCGGUGAAGUAAGUCAUGUGGUGUAUCGUACGUGUGAAUCGAAUAGAAUGGCACACCCGGUUAGGAAAUGUAUGAGAUAGUUGAUGGCAUUUAGACGGUAUUGACAAAUUCAUUCUCACC